AUCGCAGUGACUUAAUAUUCCGUGAUUCAAAUGCCGAUGUUCGAUUGCUAACUAUCGAUUAUCGACCUUGCGGCGUAUGAAUCGAUACGAUACUUUUCGAUAUUCAUAGAGCAGACGACAAAACCGCGUGCUAAGCAAAAACGACGCCGACCGGCAGAUUGUCGCGAGCUACGACGAAAGACUGUUGCGAACAGCAUAUAGGAACGCACGAAAAGCGUAACCAUUGUGUAACUUAAUUGUAUCUAAAUUCUCUAUCAGUUUAUGUUCAAUAAAUAGUUAUCUUGUUUGUUAAAAAAUAAUCGCAAUUAGUGUCUUGUUUACUAAGUGCCCUUUGUCUUCCACUACGGAAUAUUUUCGAGCCAUCGCAGAGAGCCAGCGUUACCGAUUCAUCAUGGAUUCACCCAACGACGACGCCAGCAGCUCAACCAGUCUGUCUGAGAUUCCGGUAACCCAGAUUUCUGCGAUCUCUGAAGGUGGAGGCCAGCUAGAGUUUGACCAGCAGCCUUCUGAUCUAAUCGCGAUAAACAAGGCAAAUUUCGAUUACAUCGUAAACUCGCGCCAAGAGUUUUUCAACCAGUUGAUUGAAGCAAAUCAAACACUCAAUAUACUUCGCGAGAGACUCGAUGCAACUGAAGCAACACCCCCCAUCAAUGGCAUCGCGGACAUGGCAGCACAUUACAAGAUGCUGUCAGAACUACUCCAAGAAAAGCAGAAUCUCGCGGAACAACUGGCGAAAUGCAAAGAGGAAGCCGACAAUUCCAAAUCCGAAGUCGCAAAACUGAAGAAGAAAGUCGAUUCUCACGCAGCCGACUAUUACUCACUACUGGACGACUAUAAUUACAUGGAGAAAUUAUAUUAUCGAACUCGCGAUCUCUUCAAACAUAAGAUCACCGAAGUCUUUAAAAUGCAGUCGGAGUUACGCGAAAUAAGAAUCCGACCAAGAGCACCAAAAGGAUGCCUAAAUUGCAGCGAACAAGGCCAUAGUUUCAAGGUAUGCCGAAAACCAUACAACCAACGCUUUUGCCAAAUCUGUCACAGCCCAGAUUUCAGCACCGAAGAAUGUCCCUGGCCGCAUGUAGCAGACGAGAAAUUUGAUGUUCCAGAACACCAGAGGUGUAAAGGUUGUAAACGUCCCAAAAACUUGCCUGACGUCUGUUGCGUUGAAUGCCGAAGAAGAGAAGUAGAGCGCAGGACUGCGAAGAGAGACCUAGAGAUGCUCGAAGCCACCAACCAAGCGAGCAACAUGCAAGUGACCUUCAAACCGCCACCUGCAAGAACUACCAACACAAUCGCGAAGCUGAUUUCUUCGACAAAAUCAAUGGAAAUUCCGACCAAGUUAUCACCUCGCGCGGAUCUUGUUUUACAAGCAGCAAUGCAAACCGAGAGACCAUUACACGAACCGACCAUCGAAAUUAAUAACGAUGUUCCCAAGCCAAAACCUCCCACAACGCGAAAACUCUCUGCUACGUUUCCACCUACACAGAUUGCAGCCAUGAAGGAAGUCCGAGAUCCCAACAAAGUUCUUUCACCUCUCGACUCCGACGACAAUAAUGCCGAGUUAUGGAAAACAUUAUCUCAAGCAUAUGAGUUAGGCAUUAACGAAGAAAAAGAAGAAGAAGAAGAGUAAAUUGCGAAAAAUUCGCGAAAACGAACUUUAACGGUGCUUAAAGACUCUAGUUUUUUUGUUCCAAAGACACUAAGUGCUAUGACUAAAAUAAGUGUUUACGUUUGAAAUAUCAAUUACUAUACUUAUAUUUUUCGUUAAAAAAGGUUUUUUUAUUUUUCACAUAGUAUCUUUAUAUAUUUUGCUAUUCUUCUGAACUUCUUUUGCGCUACAUGGAAUACACAUUCCAGAAAUAUUUUUGUACUCUUUAGCUAUAUUUGUCUUUAUGACUUUGAAAGAUAAAAAUAAAAACAUUAUACUUCGAUAAAUUAACAAUUUAUUCCCUCAAAAGAGAACGAAUGUUAACAAGUACUAAUCUUUCUUUUAUUUUCAGAAAUAAGUUAUUGUUCACUUAUCCAAUUGAAACUUAAUAAUUUCUAAUUUUCAUUUUUAAACAAAUUUUCGCUUUUCUUUAAGUAAAAUUUUAAUUUUUCAAUUCCAAUUUUUCUUAUUCGCAAUGGCCAAUUAAGAUGGACUAACAUUGCGAAAACAUUUUUGUAUGUUCUACUAAUCAUGUUCUUUCAGCGCUAAGUAUCGAAUACUGCAGUAACUCCGCCUAAGUGAGGGGGAAUGUAACGAACCGAAUUAAUUAUUUAAUCGCAGUGACUUAAUAUUCCGUGAUUCAAAUGCCGAUGUUCGAUUGCUAACUAUCGAUUAUCGACCUUGCGGCGUAUGAAUCGAUACGAUACUUUUCGAUAUUCAUAGAGCAGACGACAAAACCGCGUGCUAAGCAAAAACGACGCCGACCGGCAGAUUGUCGCGAGCUACGACGAAAGACUGUUGCGAACAGCAUAUAGGAACGCACGAAAAGCGUAACCAUUGUGUAACUUAAUUGUAUCUAAAUUCUCUAUCAGUUUAUGUUCAAUAAAUAGUUAUCUUGUUUGUUAAAAAAUAAUCGCAAUUAGUGUCUUGUUUACUAAGUGCCCUUUGUCUUCCACUACGGAAUAUUUUCGAGCCAUCGCAGAGAGCCAGCGUUACCGGUAAGUCCAUCUUUCCCACAUGGCCAUUGUCUUGCAGUACUUGCAAACAUUCUUUCUCUGCUCUCUGCCGUUGUAACUCCAC